UCCUCCCCGCCCGCAGGGUCCGCAGCCGCCAUGGCGUAUUAGAGGCAGAAGUGCCUGCGGCAGCGUUGGCCAUUGCAGCGGCGGCAGCAGCACCAGGCUCUGCAGCGGCAACCCUUAGCGGCUUAAGCCAUGGCGCUUUUCACGGCAUUCAGCAGCAGCGUUGCUGUAACCGACAAAGACACCUUCGAAUCAAACACAUUCCUCGAUUCCAGUAAAGUCCGGCAACAUGGCCGACAUGAGCUUCCUGAGCAGCGAGGUGUUGGUGGGGGACUUGAUGUCCCCCUUCAACCAGUCGGGUUUGGGGGCUGAAGAAAGCCUAGAUCUCCUAGAUGAUUACCUGGAGGUGGCCAAGCACUUCAGACCGCAUGAGUUCUCCAGGGACAAUGCUAAGGCGGGCUCCUCGGAAUGGCUGGCUGUGGAUGGGUUGGUCGAUGCCUUGGACAGUGGCAAAGAGGAUGCCUUCUCCGGUACAGAUUGGAUGGUGCAGAAAAUGGAUUUGAAGGAGUUUGACUUUGAUGCCCUGUUGAGUCUAGAUGAUCUGGAAACCAUGCCGGAUGAGCUUCUGGCCACGUUGGAUGACACCUGUAAUAUCUUUGACCCCCUAGACCAGGAGACUAAUAAGGAGCCCCUCCAGACAGUGAACCCAAUUGGCCAUCUUCCAGAAAGUGUGCCACAAACCGACCAGGUUGCCCCUUUCACUCUAUUGCAACCUCCUCCCCAUUCCCCAGGGCCCCUGGCCUCCACUCUAGACCACUCCUUUAGUUUGGAGCUCGGCAGUGAAGUGGAUAUUUCUGAAGGAGACAGGAAGGCAGACUCUCUUCCUUAUGUUACAGUGGUCCCUCAGUGCAUAAAGGAAGAGGAUGCCCCCUCGGAUAAUGACAGUGGCAUCUGCAUGAGUCCUGAGCCCUACUUGGGAACCUACCUGGGGUCUCCGCAGCACAGCCCCUCCACCUCCUCCUCUGGGGGCUCUCCACAUAGCCUACUGUCUCCACCUGUCCUCAGUGGUUCUGCCCGCUCUAAACCUUAUGAUUAUCUUAGAGAGAGGGUGAUGGCAGCAAAAGUAAAGGGAGAGAAAUUGGAUAAGAAACUGAAAAAAAUGGAGCAGAACAAGACAGCAGCCACUAAAUACCGCCAGAAAAAAAGGGCAGAGCAGGAGGCCCUCACUGGUGAGUGUAAGGAGCUAGAAAAGAAGAACGAGGCUCUGAAAGAGAAGGCAGAGUCCUUGGCCAAGGAGAUCCAGUACUUGAAAGAUUUGAUAGAAGAGGUCCGCAAGGCCAGGGGGAAGAAAAGGGUCCCCUAGUUAGGGAGCCAGGAGGGUGUGCUUGUACAUAG